GGGGCGAAGAGAAUGCUAAUCGAUAUUGGACUCGAUGCGUUGAGAAAACCCUUGACUAAAUUCAUUCUCGUCAUAAACCUACUGAAACCCCGAAUUGUGACAACUUUAAAAUCCUUUCUUAAUCUUCUCCUCCCAUCUCCUUCUCAGUCAAGUGACUGUUUUUAAUUAGAUUACCCCACCAAAAUAAUGUACAAUUCAAGCUGCAUGCCUAGUCUAUCAUAAUGUUCAAGUGGUCUUUUACAAAGAAGUUACGAAGAACAAAUUAGGGCUCUUGGAACAGCAUCCUGUAGUGAUGGACGCUUGCCACGGUCGGAAGGUUAUUGACCGAACCCUAAUCGACAGACGUCAACCCACGUUACGUACUGUACUUAACCCAAGGCGGCAGAAUUCUCUCGGUUUGGAGCUUUGCAUGGGAUGCAUCUGUGAAGCAACAUCCAACUGCAAUCUCACAUUUCACUGCACUAGGGGCUUUUGUGGUCCAUUCCUCAUCUCUCAGCUAUACUGGAAAGAGGCUGGUCGACCAGUGAUUCCGGGUGACCAUCAAAACAAGAAAGGAGCGUACAUUAGAUGCGUCACCGAGCCUUACUGCGCAGCUGCAACGGUACGUCACUAUUUGGCAAGAUAUGCUCAGGACUGUAAUGGUAAUGGAAAUAUAGACUGUGAUGAUUUUGCCAGGAUUCACUACAUGGGCGGUCGGCAGUGCACUAUAAGCAUGGAGAACCUUGGAUACUAUCAAGUGUUCGGAGCGUGUCACAAAAGCAUCCGACAACUCACUGGAUAACUGGGCUUGUGUAUGACUGAUUUAAAUUAAACAGUAAAUAUGAUGUUAACACACAUUCAAAUAAAAAAAGAAGGUCGUCCAAUUGCUGUGCUGGACACCUAAGUCAAACAUGUAAAUACGAUUUUAACGCACCCUGGAUUGUUAAAAAAAAGACGGUUGUCCAUUAAUAAUUGUUGUGUUGGACACGAAUGUCAAACUAUUAAACAACUGUAACUCAU